AUGCUUGUCUCGAAUCCUAAAGCCAUAACCCCAUGGCUUCACAAUUUGGAUACCAAAGCCGCAAUCAGCAACCAUCGGCUUGGCAUUUCCGCAACUCAAACUUAUGCUGGUGUGACGAACGAGCUCCAAGAGGUUGCGCCUGGUCUUUUGACACCCGUCCGUGGUACAUCAUGGCCUGGUUUUGUUUGUCGCUAUGAAAAAACUAUUCGGGAUUCUAUGGGAAUGGCCAAAUGUCGGUUUAGUACAGCUUAG